CGAAGAAAGAAAAAAUAAUAAAAAAACAAAAGGAGGGCGGCCGCGGAGUGGAGCAACCCUAGCUAAUAAUCCGUCGCCGUGGCCCGCCUCAUCGCCAGCCACCCGGCCGGCGACCCCGCCCCGCCGCCGCCAUGGUGCUCGGCAAGAUCGCCAUCGUCAUCGGCUCAGGCAUCGUCGGAACCCUAGUCACCGGCGGCGACGCCGGCAAGCUGCCGGACCUCAGGGACGUGCUCUCCGUCUCCUUCAAGUUCAUGACCAAGCAGGACAAGAAGGAAGGCUCCUCCUCCGCCGCCUCCCCGCACACUGACCAGCUCCUAUCCCAGGUCAACUAUCUCAGGGAGCAGCUCCGCGUGCUGAGCGACCAGAAGGAGAUGCCGCACAUCAUCAUCAACGGCAGGCCAGGCGCUGGUGCUUACGGUUUGACUGCUAUCGCUCUUGGAGCCCUCGGCUAUUUAUACAUAAGAUGGAAGGGAUGGAAGAUUACUGAUUUAAUGUUUGUCACCAAACGCGGGUUAUCCGAUGCCUGCAACGUGGUUGGCAAACAACUGGAUCAGGUUUCAGAGAGUGUCCAUGCUUCAAAGAAGCAUUUGUCUGGAAGGAUCGACCGAGUCGAUUGUAAUUUAGAUGAGUGCCAUGAGAUUAUUGAAGCCACAGGAAAAGAGGUGACUGUCAUCCAUGGAGAUCUGAGCGCCUUUCAGGAGGAAAUACAAUCAGUUCAUCUUGUAGUUCGCACUCUGGAGACAAAGCUUGGACGCCUUGCAUAUACUCAAGAUCACACGACGAGAGGAAUACAUGAGCUAUGUGAGUUCACUAAAAGAUUAGAUCGGAGUCCGAAAGCAGAUACUCUUAAGAUCGCAGCAUCAACUCCUCGCCCUGCUAUCGAAUCUUCAGAAGGACUUACUAGGACUGUUUCCUUGCCAUCAGGUUCGGAACCGGAAUCUCCUGUAGCUCAAUCACCUAGAGUAGAUACUGCUAAGGUUGUGCGUCCAUCUACGGCCAUGUCAGCAUCAGGGUUGAGCAUGCUAGCUGGAACUACAUCGAUACCUAAAAGGGCACCUGUGAUCAACCGAGCGACUUCUAUGAAGGAAGGAUCGUCGUCUUCAUCGGGGGCGGUGCGGAACGACGUUCCUCGUCCUCCAAGUCCAGCCGCCCUCACAAAACCUGUUUCGAGCUCAAGCCGGUUUGGCUUCCUGAGGGGCUUCACGGGUUGAGUUGAGGAUAGGCGUCGAACAGUGAUAUAUAUAUAUACAUAUGUGGCACUGCCUUUUCAUGGUUUGUGUCGGGAGACAGGAAGAUUAACCUUUCCCUUUUAUUACAUGUACCAUCUAUCUAUCCAUCCAUUAUCUAUCUAGCUAGGUAUAUUAAGUUAAGGUAGUGGAACAACAUGGCGGUUAUGGCAAAGGAAGGGAUUUUGCCAGAUUUUUGUAGAAAGUGGGAAAGAGAAUAUGGUUGGUGUCGGUGGAGGAAUGGCAAGAGAGUAGUUACACUGUCA